CCCAGGAUCUAGGAGAAGUGAUUUUUUUUCUUUUUUUCCCAAAAUUUUAAAUGGCGGAAAAUUUUGGUAGACGGAGCUUAGGGUCCCAAGAGGAUUUUUUUGUAGAACUCAUUCAGUUGCUCAUGUCCGUAAACUUUUAAGUCAUUUGGACAUACAGGCUGUCGGAGCUUGCCUUUCCAACUUCUAGGGGGCGCUAGGGAGCAGUUUUGUUAUGCUCGAGCAUGGGACCCAUAAAAUAUAAAAAUUUCCCGCAGUCCUGAUAUGCUCGCCAAAUAUGGGACAUGAUAAAGCCCCCAAAAAGGCAUUUAAUUCGAGAGAAUAAUAAUUCCUACAGUUUCAAUAGGGACCUCUCGGCCCGACGUUGUCGGUGCUCGGGCCCUAAAAAUGAACUAGUUAUUCAUUUCAUUCAUGGUGGAAUAGUACAUUUGAUUAUAAAUUCUGUCGUUAUGUUUUACCAAAGUGUCUUAAAAAUAAUAAAAGCGUAUGAUGUUGUUGAUUUGAACAGGAAACUUGUGAUGUAUUCUAACAUGUCUCUUCUUCUUCUGUGGUGUCAGACCCGACAGAGGAGCCUCCUCCUCCCUCCAACAACACCAUCGGCUCCAUUGUGGGCGUGGUCAUGGCGCUGUUCGUGGUGGGCGCUGUGUACUUCGUGUGUCAGCGCGUCCUCUGUCCUCAGAUGAAGGACGAUGGAGAGACGGUCACCAACGACUUCGUGGUUCACGGGCCGUCGUCGGUGCCGCUGGGAUACGUUCCUCAUCCGAGCUCUCUGUCUAGCUCGCUGCCAGGGAUGUCCAGAGGGAAGUCUGUGAUUGGCUCCCUCAGCAUCAUGGGCGGGAGCAGCGGACCGCCCUACGACCGCGCUCACGUGACCGGAGCUUCAUCCAGCAGCUCGUCCAGCACCAAGGGGACAUACUUCCCCCCGAUCCUGAAUCCUCCUCCGUCUCCUGCUACAGUCCGCUCUCAGUACACCAUGGAGUUUGGUUAUUCCUCCAACAGUCCCUCAACUCACAGAUCCUACAGCUACCGUCCCUACACGUACCGUCACUUCGCCCCCCCCACCACCCCCUGCAGUACCGACCUGUGUGACAGCGACUACACUCCUGGCCGUCGGGCUCCUCUGAAGUCUUCUUCUGGUGCUAAAGGUUACACCAGCGACCUGAACUACGACUCUGAGCCUCUUCCUCCUCCUCCGACCCCGAGGAGUCAGUACCUGUCAGCUGAGGAGAACUGUGAGAGCUGUCCUCCUUCUCCUUUCACAGAGAGGAGCUACUCUCACCACCUCUACCCGCCGCCUCCAUCGCCCUGCACGGACUCCUCCUGAGCACCCACAAUGCACCUCUCCACAGCCCUGCCCCCACAGACCACGCCCCCUCACUGUAAAUAGCAAUUGUGCAUAAAAGAGGUUAAAGAGGCUGAUGAAGAGGAAGAAACAUUUGUACAGUGAAAAAGAGAAAAGCAUAUUUAUAUAUUUUCUAUACAGUGUUUACUG